UUGGAUACCGGUGCAUAUACUAAAGGGGGAGGCAAGAAACUGGGACUCUGUUACAACGAGUAGACAGUCACCACCGAAAAUGACACUGAAUUACUCUGUCGUGUUCGAAUUUGAACGUCAGUAUGACGACCAUACCUUUUGGGAAUGGAUGAAGGAGAACUGGACACUAUGUUAUGUGUACUCAGCGGUGUACGUGGUGCUAAUUUUCGGUGGAAAAUGGGUGAUGGCCCGUCGACCGCGCUAUGACUUGCGACCCUACUUGGCUCUCUGGAGCGCAAUGCUAGCCAUAUUUAGUAUAUGCGGCUCUUUGAGAAUGUGGACUGAGUUGAUUUAUUCCGUCACUAAUUACAGUUUGCAAUAUGCCAUGUGUGUGCCCAGCUAUUACACAAGGGAAGUGGCAGGCUUCUGGUCCUUCUUGUUUGUUGUCUCCAAGGUGGUGGAACUAGGCGACACUGUGUUUAUUGUGCUAAGGAAGACCCCCCUAAUCUUCUUGCAUUGGUACCAUCAUAUCACUGUCCUCAUCUACGUGUGGGCAACUUACACUGAGCAUGCUGCUUCUGGAAGAAUGUUCUGUACCAUGAAUUACACAGUUCACUCCUUCAUGUACACCUACUAUGCUCUGCGUGCCUUGCGCUACAACAUUCCAAAGUGGGUGAAUAUCAUGAUAACCUUGAUGCAGUUACUGCAGAUGGUGAUUGGUGUUGUGAUUAACAUUUGGGUAUACCAGAUCAAGUCCCGUGGUGAACCAUGUCAACAGAGCUGGGAUAACUUGAAGUAUGCAUUUCUAAUGUAUUUCAGUUACUUUGUGCUCUUCGCAAACUUCUUUUACAAUGCCUAUCUGAAGAAGCCUUUGCAUCACCAUGAACAGAAGAAGCAGCAUUGAGGACAGUGGAGCUUUAGAGCACUAGGAUUCUUGACUUCAUCAUAUUACCUUUGCCACUGUUACCAAAGCUGUGAUUAGAUGGUCUGCAGAAGCCAAUUAUGUUUAGUUGAGAUACAUUGACACAAGUGUAAUCAGGGAGACCAAUCAUGACCUCUUUUCUUUUGCUAAUAUUGGUUUUCUGACCUUAUUUGCAAAGAAUAAUAUAUAAACUCGCCAUUCUUCACUUUCAUUAUGCAAAUUCAAUUGUUUUUUUUUUUUUCACAUACACUGAUUAGUUGUAUAUGGCAAUAUUUUUUUUUGCUAUGGCAAGUCAGCUAUUCAGCAAAAGCAUAUUUAUAAAAAAGGCCCAGUGGGGGUCAUUUAGUAAACACAUUCCAUCUUUCAGUCAUUUGACUUCUUAAUCCUUCAUAGCAAAAGUUAUUUGAAAAAAAAAAUGCUAAUUACAACACUAAAAUACUGAAUGCCUGACCUGAUGUAGCCCUAUGACCUUAGGUAUAUCACUAAAGCCAUUAUAGUCUGUUUAGCACUAACAUGUACUAGUACAAGUUAGACAUGCUCUAAUUCUUGUCCUGAGUAAAAGAAUGACAUUAGUAUGAAUUAAUGGUUAACAGUGACUUGUUUAAAAUUCCUUUAGUUGGAUUUUCUUUUGUUAAAAUUAGUUUUUCUGUAAAGGAAGGGAUUGGCAACCAUGCUGUUGUUGAUG